UAACUAUAACCUAACUAACAGAGCAUGUAUCAUUAACUUCUGCUGCUUGUAGUGAAGGCCCCUUUUGAAAUUUUGAACGAAGACGAAAUGUUUACAAACUGAAUGACACGUUGAAAAAACAAAAGUAAAUUGAAAAUGAUGCCGUUGAUCAGAUCUCUGAUGAGCGACAACCGAUUAAUCUGAGCGAACUUUAUGUUUUGUAAUAUCCUUGGGACGUUCAUUUUAUAAAAUGCAUCGAAAGGUUACAUUUCAAGUAAUUGAGGGUCUAGUUCAACGUUAUAGCCCCAAAAAUGUUCCCAUUGCGUUCCACUGUCAUGGGCAAUUUUCAAGCCAAAAUGCUCUGUUCUCUACAACGUUCUCAAAAUCAUUAUGGUCAACACAGUCUCGUUGCAGUAGCAAUCUCUCUGGGAAAAGCCUUAAAAGUGGACCAUCUCUGCAAGAUUUUAUUGCAAGCUCAGCUCCGGCUGGAGACAAAAUAAAUACUGAGGCAGAUAUUGCACCAUAUCUCACUCAAGAAUGUUUUCGAGGAAUGGGUAGAAAAAUUUACUUUCAUAUCAAGGGAUGCCAAAUGAAUGUUAAUGAUGUAGAAAUUGUUUGGGCAAUUCUGAAAGGUGUAGGAUUUGAGAGAACUGAGAUUGUAGAGGAGGCCGAUGUUAUUCUGACCAUGACAUGUUCCAUCCGUGACAAAGCAGAAACAAAAAUAUGGAAUUUCCUUGAUUACUGUAAUGGAUUGAAGAAUAAACGGCCAAGGUCAGAAUUUCCUCUAAAAAUUGGCGUGUUAGGUUGCAUGGCUGAGAGACUUAAAGAGACCUUACUGGAAAAAGAUAAGUCAGUAGAUCUAGUUGCUGGUCCUGAUAGUUACAAAGAUCUACCUAGAUUACUGGCAUUAACAAAUAAUGACCAGAAAGCUGUCAAUGUUCUGCUUUCUUUGGAUGAAACCUAUGCAGAUAUAAUGCCAGUUCGACUCAACCAGGAUUCUGUUUCAGCUUUUGUAUCAAUUAUGCGAGGUUGUGAUAACAUGUGCACCUACUGUAUUGUCCCUUUCACACGUGGACGUGAAAGAUCCAGGCCCAUGGACUCAAUUUUGGAAGAAGUUCGCAAUUUAUCUGGGCAAGGAGUUAAAGAGGUUACACUUCUUGGUCAAAAUGUUAACAGCUACUGUGACAAAACAUCAGUUGCCCAUUAUGGUGGGUUGGAAAAAGAUGAGCCCACUCAUUUAGCAAAAGGAUUUAAAACUGUGUAUAAAGCAAAGAAAGGUGGAACACGGUUUGCUGAUCUUCUUGAUCAAGUUUCUAGGAUAGAUCCUGAAAUGCGUAUUCGCUUCACUUCUCCACAUCCAAAGGAUUUCCCUGAUGAGGUGCUUCACCUUAUCCGUGAGCGACAAAAUAUUUGCUCAUCUCUGCAUAUUCCUGCACAGAGUGGGAAUAGCGAAGUACUUGAAAGAAUGCGCAGAGGAUACUCUCGUGAUUCCUACAUGGAACUUAUUAAUAAUAUACGGAGUAUACUUCCAGAUGUAACAUUAUCUAGUGAUUUUAUUGCUGGUUUCUGUGGUGAAACAGAGGAGCAGUUUGCGGAUACCUUGAGUUUAAUUGAUCAGGUUCCAUACACUACAGGUUUUCUCUUUGCCUACAGUAUGAGAGAGAAAACCACUGCUCAUAGAAGAUACAAAGAUGAUGUUCCAGAUGAAGUUAAACAUAGACGCUUAAAAGAAAUGACUGAGUUAUUUUAUUCAAAGUCCAAAGCACUCAAAAGUAAGAGGAUAGGAGAGCUGGAGCUGGUUCUUGUUGAAGGAAUCAGCAGACGAGGCAGUGUUGAUUUGAAAGGGCGCAACGAUGGCAAUGUAAUUGUUAUUUUGCCUAAUGAGGAGAUACCUGUAUCAUAUAAUUCUUCAGAAAAAUCAAAAAUAAAGCCAGGAGACUAUGUUGUGGUUGAGGUCGAAAGAACUGCCAAUGUAUUGAUGGGCAGAGGAUUAUACCAUACAACACUGAAUGAAGGUAUUGUGAAACCACAAGGUGCCUCAAGAACUCAUCAGGCAUUUGCAUGAUCUUGCACAUAUUAUGAUGUAAUUGUUGUUAAAAUAUAUGAUUGUAUUAGUA